UGUCUCCCUUGAUCUUUCAUUUGAUCAAAACAGCCCGACAGAUAAAUCUGUUCCGGUCAGGAGAAUCUAAUAACAUGUAUGUUCUCCAGCUAUCAUGUUGGCAGUGGUACUGCACGCAUCGCUCGUAAUAUCGUAGACACACGAAAUUUGAUACUACGAAACGGCCAUCACAUGAACGACGAAGUUCACUUCCGGACAUAACGCCCUCCAGGUCCUGGGUGAAAGUUGAUCGUCAGCUGGCAGUGGACAGUAACACGGUCAUCGACUACAACGUUGUCUCCGACGAUGGUACAGAGUCCGUACACACUGUAUCCACUGAGCCAUCUCCCUAUACCGCCAGCUAUAACUACCCCGGCGUGUUGAAUGCGGACAUGAUCAGCAGGUGGCGUCAUGGCGAUGUCGCGAAUCCAGGACGAGGUACUGCAGUGUACAAUCUGCUACGACACGUACGAGACGCCCAAGACCCUACCUUGCCUCCAUACUUUCUGCGAGCACUGCCUGGCCGACUACAUCAAGGGGGUGCAGGGGGCCGUCAAGAAAAAUGGCUUCUCCUGCCCAGUGUGUCGAGACUUUAUCAAGGCUCCAGAUCCAAAGCGGCGCCCCCAAGAAUGGGCAGCCUUGUUUAAGACUAAUUUCCAUUUGAACAAAUUGAUGAAAGCUCUUGAAGAGAAACCCGGUUCUACAUCACCUGGGGAAGGGCCAUUUUGUGCCGAGCAUUCUCAGAAAGAGCUGGACCUGUUCUGUGUUCAGUGUGUUAAGCCAAUAUGUCAUUUGUGUGCCGGGAUAGCCCAUCGUGGCUGUUCCCUCGUAGUGACGUUGGAGGAGGCAGCAGACGACAAGCGGGUACAUCUUAAUGCGAUAAGAAGACAGAUGAACGACACUCUCGUUCAGUCGCGAGAUGAAGUGGCAAAGGUCAAGAAGCAGUUGGACAGGAUCCGUGGUUUGAAGGAUGAGUGUACGAGUGACAUCAAGAAGUACACCGAGUCAUUGGUUGCUGUGAUACGGAACCGUGAAGCGGAAAUGUUGCAGGACCUGGAGGAGAAGCACGAGACACUGAACGAAACAGUUGACCUGAAGAUCGACACCUUCCGGGACCAACAGAAGGCAUCGCACCAGGCCUUGGUUCAACUGACGGAGCUGGUGUCUGAGGGAACAGCCGCUGAUAUCCUCGGAAAACAUUCCAGUUUUGAAAACGUUGGUUCUGUUCAUGUGCCUUCUAUAUCUUCCCUCUGUGGGCAACUUCAAAGAGUCGAACUCAGAUUUAUGGGCGGAACGUAUUUAAAGAAACUGAACCACAACGCUUCCCAAAUAGGCGAGGUGGUUCUGGAACAACGGAAGAAAGAAACGGUUGCGAAGAAGCCAACAAUUACACCUCGCCCGUCUCCGGAUAAUCAACAAGUUACACUAAAUGCGAAACGGAAUCAGAGUGGGACAGCACACUUCCGAAGGAGUCGAUCCCACACUAUCGCAGAUCCCGUCCAAUCACAGCCCACCAACAAACCAGUGAAGUUGAAAACUAUUUCGGGUAAACACAGAGAGGAUGAUCAGCCUCCGAAACUUAAUGACAUCGUUGUUCUAACUCAGGCUGGAGGUUCACACGGCAAAAUCGUCAUCGUGACAGACUGGAACAACCAAUGCGUGAAGGCGUUCUACAGCAGACGUGACCGAGACAGUCGUCUGCUCCUUGGCGGGAAACCCUGGUCCGUCACAGCCCUGUCUCAUACGACGAUCGCAGUGACUAUUCCUCUAGCUCAGCAGAUAUGCGUUCUCAAGGUUGGGUCGUCAAUGAUGUUGUUGUCUUCCGUUGUCGCAGAGAAGAAAUACUCAGCUCUUGCCGCCCUUGACCGAAACACUCUGGUAGCCAGUGGAGGCAGCACCCCUCCUUCCGUUGACAUCAUCAACGUGAGCGGGGAGGUGCUGCACUCCUUCUCCCGCGAUGCAGCAGGGGCGCCUUUAUUUACCUACCCAGCAUACCUGUGCUCCACACCCAAGGGGCAUAUUCUUGUGUCGGACAGAGACGCUGGAACCCUCACUUGCUUGACACGAGAGGGGGUGAUAGUAUGGUGCUUCCACCCCCAGGGGGCGCUGAAGCUCGAGAACCCCGGUGGCGUGUACUGUGACCCUCAGGGACGGGUUGUGUUCGCGGAGAGUCGAGGUGUGUUAAGUUUGUUAGACGGGGGGCAGUAUAAAGGGGCGGUGUUGAGGACAAUUGAUGGGGUGGACACACCUCGAGGUGUGUGGGCUGGGGGAGAUGGGACAAUAUACCUCACCCACAAACAGGAUGAAAUUUGUGUUUUUAGCGUCGGCAGGGUUACGACAAACACGUCUUAGAAUUGAGAUUGAAUGUUUCAAGAACUUCCGUGUUACUAGACGAUCGGGUUAUAUAUUACGUGGUGUACAAUUAACCGUGUCAGCUUCAUAAAUGUUUGGAUCUCCUAAGUAAAUCCACGAGAGGAGUUGGGACACGGGUGGACCAGUCGUCCACGGCGCCGUGAAUUCGCUAUGCAGGAUAGUGUGCUUUAGGCGUGUCGGAAACCUAUGAUCGUGGGUUCGAAUCCUGGUUCGCCCUGAUUAUGUUUCCAGGUGUGUUAUAGCCCCGUAUCACUGCACGUGGCUUCCACCAAAGUGGUCUAAGACCUGCAUCACUUCGGACUUCCUCCCACAUCAAGCAGACUCACCGCGGUCCAAUGCCAUGUACAAUGGCACCCUGUUAAUACGGGCCUCGUUAACCCAGCAGCCCCGCUAUCCGUACUGUUAAUACUUUUUUUUAUACAAAUGAACGAAUACUGCUGAAAUUUAUUCAGUAUUUAGGACACAUGCCCAUAAUACAUAUUAACGUCAUUUAGUAUGCACCCAGUAUGCUUUGUAUAGAAGCAGCUAUCAAGUAUUGUUCACAGACUUUGUUUUUACGAAAUUAUGAUCAUCAUUGUGAUAAUAACUGUUUGAAUAAACAUGGCAUUUACGGAGA